AUGGCGAUUGUAAUUCGACGACGAACGAUUUUAGUCAUUAUUAUAGUAUGCUGUAUUGGAUACCUUCUUUAUUUACCUAACGGUGGCAGUAUGGAGCAGACCAAUCGAAUCCGAAUAUUAACUGCUCCUAUGAAACUCUGUUAUUUCAUUAGUAUGGUAGCCGAAUCAUUGGGUUUGUCAGAUCGUGCCGUUGUAGCGCGGAAAAUUAUUGAAAUAGCAACAGCUUUCAAAGACACAGCAUCAGAAGAUGCUAAUGUUCAGAUUAAAAAUGCAUAUAUUGAAAAUGUACGAGUUCGAAUUGCUCGACCGAAUAAUGAUAAUAACAACUUGUCUGUUAUUAUCUUUUUCCAUGGCGGUGCAUUUUAUAUGGGCUCAGUUGAUACGCAUAAUGCACUCACCAGUACCUUGGCAAGAUUGGCAAAUGUUGUUGUGAUCUCCGUCGACUAUCGCCUUACACCAGAACAUCCUUUUCCAGCCGGUCUCGAAGAUUGUUAUACUGUUGUAAAAUAUAUUCUUGACUAUAAAGAUUCACAAAAGUUACGUAUCGAUCCAACACGGGUUGCAAUAUCUGGUGAUUCGUCUGGUGGUAAUUUUGCUGUUGUAAUUACCAUGCGUUUAGUUACACGUGCAGUUACUCAAUAUUUACCUCGUCUUCAAAUUCUUCUUUAUCCAUCUUUACAAUUGUUUGAUAUGAUGCUUCCAUCUCAUCGUCAAGAACAUUACUCACUUGUACAUUAUGACAUUCAUCAUCUGUUGUCGAUUUAUUUAAAUAAAACUGUCGAUGAAUCAAUAUAUGCAAAUAAUCAUACGAGUGUUAAACAAAAAAAACAUUAUCGUAAAUUUAUCGAUUGGUCUUUAAUUCCAUCAAAACAUCGAAUAAAAUAUCAAGAACCCGCCAACGAUGAUCAUGAAGGUGACCGAAAUCUUAUUAAGAAAGUCAAAAAAGCUCUCGGUCCAGAGAUAUCUCCAUUACUUGUAGAUGAUGCACAACUAGCGAAAUCAGUACCAACAUACGUAUUAACUGUUGAUCACGAUCGUUUACGUGAUGAAGGAUUUAUUUAUGCAGGUCGUCUUAAAAGAGUAGGUGUUAAAGUUGUUCAUAUUCAUUAUGAAAAUACAUUUCAUGGUUCGAUAAAUCUCUUAUACGGUCCAUUAAGUUUGGAUAUUGCACAUAAAAUGGUUGCAGAUCUCGUUCGAUAUAUUAAAGAAAACCUAUGA